AUGAAGUAUUUUGGUUUAAUUAUUAAAAAGCAAAAAAUAGUAAUAAUCAAAAGUCACAGAAAAACCCUAACGUGUUGUCUUCUUCUUUUGAAGAGUAACAAAUCAAUGUCGUCCCUGGAAAAGAAGAGGAAGAGGAAGAUACCGACUACGAAGAAGAAGAAGAAGCUGUCCCCAAAUCCGUCACUUCCCGAUGAUUUGCUAUUGGACAUCGUCGCACGCGUUCCAAGAUUGUACUAUCCGACUCUCUCACUCGUCUCCAAGAGCUUUCGAUCUCUCCUAGCUUCACCGGAGCUUUACAAGGCCAGGUCAUUCUUGGGCCACACCGAGAGUUGUCUCUAUGUGUGCUUACGGUGCUUUCCUGGUUAUCGCUGGUUCACCCUCUGUCGGAAGCCUGAUCAAACCCUAACCAAUGACACCACUAAGAAGAAGCCAAGUGGGUAUGUUUUGGCACCAGUCCCGAUUCCUAGUUUUCAUAAACCGCACUUUUCGAGUCUCGUGGUGGUUGGUUCUGAUAUCUACAACAUCCACGGGCCCUCCUCUAACGUCUCGAUUCUGGAUUGCCGGUCUCACACGUGGCGCAAGGUUCAAAGCUUGAUUCUAGAUAGCCGGUCUCGCAGGUGGCCCAAGGCUCCAAGCUUGCCGGUGGAACAUUUGUCACUUUCUGCUAGCGUCCUUGGUCAAAAGAUAUAUGUAGCAGGAUGUUACAACGAUAUACAUUUAGAUUCUUCUUUCUUUGAGGUGUUCGACACAAAAACAAAAGUUUGGGUUAGUGAGCCCAUCCCUUGCAUCCCUUACAGCGAGAGAGAAUUCAACUUUCUUCACUCCAAAAGCAUUUGUAUUGAUAAAAAGAUCCAUGUGGUGACUGACAGUGAGGGGGUGGUUGCUUACAAUCCCAAGGAAGGUAGAUGGGACCUGGAUGGACUACGGUUGGAUUUGGAUCAGCAUAUGCGUUCAGAUUCUUAUUGCGUGAUGGAGAAUGUUUUGUACUCUGUUUAUAACAGAAUGGUCAUAUGGUAUGACACUGAGGCAAGCAGGUGGAGAUAUUUGGAGGGCUUGGCAGGACUACCUACGUUUCCUCUUGGUGGUUCUGUUAGAUUGGGUGAUUAUGGUGGAAAGUUAGUGGUUUUGUGGGAAGAGGAUUUGCUUUAUUGUUUGUCUAGUUUCGUCCAUAAGAAGAAAAUUUGGUGUGCCGAGAUUGCGCUUGAAAGACGCAAAAAUUGUGAAAUUUAUGGGGAAGUUGAGUGGUUUGAUCAUGUGCUUACAAUCCCUAAAGAAUAUGAUUUGGUGAAGGUUCUUGCUGCUACUGUUUAAUAUUUGCGUCACAAAGCUUGAACGUUUGUUUGUUGGGACUUUGUCUCUUGUUUCUAAUCAUUUGAUGUAACUUGCUGAUUAUUAAUUAAUCUUAUUUUGUGACCGUAAUAUUUUUGAAGCACACGUUUGGUGUUGAAAAAACUGAGGUCUCUUUAUAUUCGUGUAAACAAAAAUACACUUUGGAGCGUAUUUGAUUUGAGUGGUUAA